CCCAACUCUAUCCGUACAUUCAGUCUGGCUUUGUUGAAUUCAAUCACAAAACUCCAACACACCAAUAGUUGGCUGAGUUGGCACCCACUCCAAGGAUGUCGCGGGCCUUGGACAGUGAGACCGCCGCGUCCCUGAAGAAAGGGGACCCCCUGACAGCAUUCCAAGCCAUUUCCAAUGUCCUGGCCCUGCCAUCCGAAGGCCUUCUGGAAAUCGAGAUUCUCGGCAGAAGCCACAUCUUCGAGAAGGAACAGUACGUUCUUCAAGACGGGCACGCCAUAGGGAUCUCCAAACUGGGUCUUGUACAGGCCUUCAUGGUUGCCCGGCAGCAACUGAGGCAUCAUCUCGACGGGAUCAAGCCACUACCAGACGACGACCUGUCCGCCGCGACGGCAGUCAUCCUGCUCUUUGAUCCAGAGCAUCUCACGGCCGCCAACGCUCGGAAGCGUCUUAUCCAGAGGCUACUAUCCGGCUGUCAGAGUGACGCACGAGCGAGACUCGAGAGGGAGAAGCGCUUUGUGGACGGCCUCCUGACGAGCAGGCUACACAGGCAUACCAAAUCGCCCACUCUCUGGAGCCAUCGCCGCUGGCUUCUCGGCCUGUCCACCUCGCUUGGAGUACCCAUUGACGUGCUGAGAGAUAUCAGGGACGUUGUGUUCGUGGCGGGGGAGAGACAUCCCCGGAAUUACUAUGCAUGGUGUCAUGCCCGCUUCUUGAUGGGCUCGGGCAGGGACAUCAAUCUCCCAGCGGUAUUGGCAGAGGUGCAGGCCUGGUGUUUUCAACACUACACCGACAUAUCCGGCUGGUCGUUCCUCUACUUCCUUCUCGACGCUGGGAACAUCGCGAACAGGGGCUCCCAGUGUUCGACCUUCACCGAGGUCCUCAGCCUUGUCAAAUCGCUUCGCCUGACGAACGAAUCUGUCUGGGUCUUUCUGCGGACUGUUGCCGCAACAGGGCUUGUUGGAGAAGACCAAUAUUCUCACUUUCUCGGGGCUCAGGCAGCCGUUCUUGAGAACUCAAGACUGCAGUCCGACCAGGCUGUCUUGCGAGCUGCUCUCGAAUGUCAACCAACAGUCACGCCCAGGAAGAUUUAA